AUGCGGGCAUCCUCCGUGCUGCUCCUGUGUGCUGCCAUCUUGGCCAGCGGCUGCGCGCAGUCGACGGCAAGCGAGGCGGCGAUCUCGACGAUGGGGUCUCCGGAUUCGGUUCUCUCGGGCAAGAACAACGUCAACCGACACGCACGGAAUCUCCGAGCCCAGAAGGACGACGAAGACGACGACGAAGACGACGACGAAGACGACGACGAAGACGACGACGAAGACCGGGUCUUGACGGGAAUGAAGCAUGGCGGCGGGCUGACUUGGCAGAAGCUCGAAGAUAUCUUGACAAACACGGGCGAAAUACAAGCGACGAAGUUCGCAAAGUGGGCAGCCAAAAAAGUGACAGUGGCCGACAUCAUGGGCAAGGUUAAAGCCUUCGAUCCCGUGAACGAGAGACAUUGGGGGAUUGCUACGGCGUACAAAAAUUAUCUAAAGGACGGUACGGUAACGAAGCCCAAAACCAUUGCACGCAUGGACGAACCUCCUCCCCGACCUGCCGCCGUUGAGCAUGUGCCAAACGAGAACAGCUUGAUACUGAAUGCUCUCUGGAGGUGGGCCACUGGCACACGAUAG